GGUCACUAGAGCCAUCAGAUAGCCAUGAAAAUUCCGACUACACGUAUAUUUGUAGGGCUUAACCAAUAGAGAAGGCUAGGUAGCGAUGAGGCCGUGACGUAUUCCCCCGGCGUAUCUGAACGAAGCAAUUGGACUUUUCCUUUGAAAGAGUGAGAUUAUGGUUGAUGCGACACAGUUUAAAUCCCCCUCUUCCUGUCCGUUUCUCCUGCGUUUUCUUUUCCUCAAUGACCCUCCAUAGCUCAACUCGGGGAUCAUUCAAUUGCAUCGUCUGCUGAAGUCUUUCCGAAUUGCACCUAGACGUCUGGUAUAUCUGUUCGGGGCAUUCACCGGGCUAAUAUAACAAAGACCAUGCCGCCCAAACUGAUCUGCCCGCUGUGUGAGACCUUUCUCGAGCAGGACUGGGAGCGAAACCAUCCAGGGCCUUGGCGUUGGAGGACUCGUCCUUGGUUCACAGAAGUUCGGGGUCUUUAUGCAGUCGACGGUGACUUGGACCAAAUCGCAGUCACUGGGGUCGGCGUGAUACGCCACGACAAUAUUCUUCACGCAUCAAUCGACCCGGACAAAGCCUAUUUCGAGGUGGAAGACUUCAAUGCUCUUAACUUAUGGGCGAUCCGCGACUUUUCGACAACUUGGUGGUGUUUUGCAUUUCACGAUUCAUGUUGGAACUUCCUUCUACAGAGGCUUCGCCUAGGUGAUGCCUUCAUAGAUGUUGCAACCAUUGUGAGAUCAGUCUUCUUCCAUCUGCACAACAGUCCUGCUCCCAAACCUCCCGGUCCGCACGAUAUAAGGGAAGGUGUGUAUGCAGAAAUGCAUUAUGGACGGGACACCACUCACUCAGAGGAUAUGGCGCUGGAAAGUGACAGCGAGCAUUCUUCAAGUUAUGACACCGGGGCACAAGCAAAUUGGAAUGAGUCCGGGGCCGGUAUCUUUAGAAUGCUUCCAGAGGAAACGAUUUAUGAGGUCCUUACCUAUCUAGACAUCCGCGAUGUCCUCAAACUAAGACUCACAUGCCGAUAUCUGAGUUGGCUGGCAAGUAACAAACAGCUUCCUCCGUCCUUCUGGCGGAGUAGAUUUAUGCUUGGCCAGGAGUUUUAUUAUAUUUUCCCCGACCUCUAUAGCCCACGGAAUUGGUUCAGGCUCUACUCCGCUAUGAAGGUAUUUUCAUACGGCCCAUCGCAAGCCCUAGCCCAUAGAAAAGAAAUUUGCGAGCUAUUGGAGCCUAUUGCAUCUCUUGUCGAAUUAGAGCCAACUAAACGAAAUGGUGGGCAAGGUUUCAGCUAUUCUCUGGUGAAAUCUCAACGCAAUGUUCCUGUCUUAGUGAAUAUAGCGAUCUCAAGGAGAGGCAAUCACCACGCAAAAGUCAUGACCUUUUUCUCUGGCCAUGUAGCAGCUCCCGAGGGAGAUUAUCCUGUCCAAGAUCAAUGCGAAUUACUUUAUCGAAAGGCACAAUUGUUCGUGGCUCUGCGUGAUUGUCGUCCACUCCGGGUUGGUAUCUCGACUGUCGAAUUUGGUUCAAACCAAUUCAUAUCCGGUAUCAAACUGUUCCCCUCGAGCGAUGGAAGCGGAGUCAGUCAAUCAAUUGGAUACCCCAACCCAGAUACCGAGAAUUGGAUUGACAUACCCAGGUACAAACGCAUUAGGGCUUUCGAGGUACUGUUCUCUUCGGAAGGGCUCAAGGCUAUCCGUAUACUAUACACUGGUUCGAGAGAGUCUGCCUGGGUUGGCCAGCCUAACGUCAAGAAGCUAGCUCGCGGCCUAUUGUUGGUUCCAAGUGGAAAGGUGCCGUACUAUCUACUAGCAGGCCUGGAUCGAUUCAAGAAUGUUGCACUUGGGUUUGGCGAAAUGACCGAACCGGGUGAGCGUGGUUCGAGACCACCCCGUUCUUCCGCGGGUGUAACGCGCUAUUCACGUGUGGCAUCUCAUCUCUGGAUGCCACCUGUUCCACUAUACGGGAGUUCAAUCAUAAGCCCCUUGCUCCCAUGCAGGCCCUCUGGACCCUUCAAUCCACUGUUGCAUUUGGACUUUGGCUUCCGUGGGGGUAGCGGUCUCGAGAAGUUGAUAUAUCUUAAAUUCCAUAUGAGAUUUUAUCGCCAUCCGCUUAUUGGAAUAGUCGCACACUACUCUGACGGCAAAGUUUUGAGUUGUGGCGUUGUUGGUGAGAACGUCAUGUCACUUCCCAUGAAUGGCCCGAAAGGAGAGCGUGUCACGCAAAUAAGAAUUCUGAGGGAUAACCGCUAUCACAACCGAGCCGUUCGCUUGGUCGGGCUUGAGGUCUCGACCAACUAUGGACGAACUGCCACUUUUGCCCCCCUCGUCCAUCAUCUCAAUGCAUCCGCCCGAAUGAUACCAGGUGUGCCCACGGGACAUACCAUCACAGGACUCGUUGCUCAGCCAGCCGCAUACAGAAAGUAUUUCGAUCAAUUUCGAAUUCAUUCGCAAAAAUGCGAUGCCCCACCCGCCAUUCCGGACAAUUUGAACGCUGAAUGCCAUCGGGUCCCGGAAGAUCAAGUACAAUAUGAUUUGAUGUUGCGCCAAGAUAAUGGCGAGAAGGACGAUAUGAAAUACUACCAAACCUAUGCAUCACUCAAUGGAGUUCGCAAAAUCACCGCCUCUACAGGUGAUAGGGGCUAUUUCCGCUCUAAACAUUGGAUCACUGGUUUGAAAUUUGAGUAUUUUAACCACCCCACUCCAAGCGUUGUUGGGCAGUGGAUUCGUCCACUAAGCAAUGCAGUCCUUAGACUGUCUCCAGGUGAGGAAAUCAGAUCGAUUACUGUAUGGGUUGGCCUGGAUGCUUGGAUUUCCCAGUCUCCUGAGUCGAGUACAGGCAACAUUGCAGCUAUAUGGAUCAACACAGGGGUGAGCAGAGCGACGUUUGCUACUCAAAUAUUUCACUCCGGCGCAGCCAUACAGUCUCAAUAUCUGAGUGACACUGACGAAGAGCUGACGGCUAUCUCAUGGGUAGUCAGCGCGAAUUCGGAUCGGGUCCGCGCAGUCAUCUCCCCAUACAGAGAUCAGAGACCUCGAACGCUCGAACCAACUCCCUCUCCGCCAUAUGAUCGGGUAAGGAAGCUUUACUUUGAGGGUCAAGAAGGCUAUGCCCGGCGAAAGAAGAUAGUCCAAGCAACAGCCUAUAUAUACGACAGGCAGUUAUGUGGACUGAAGUUUACCUAUUCGUCAACCCAUCAAUCUGCCGUUGGUGAUAUACGUGACUGCAUGUCACGUCAAAGUGUUAAUUUUUUCAAAGAUGAUGCUAUCAUCGGCUUCUCAACCAAAAUAUCCGGCACUGCACUAGUGGAGAUCCAGUUUGAGGUUAAACAGAAGAGGACGGUUCGAUGUCUCAGCCUCAGAGACCCCGACCGUGAGCCCUUCGAGUAUGACCGGCAUCGUUACUGGGGAGAUACACCAGCCAACCUUGAGACUGUAACUGACAUCUCCGAGCAGGGACGGAUUGAAAAGAUUUCUGGAACACCCGCUGAAUCCAGGUUGACUGGAAUCUUUGUGCAUUGUGACUGCUUGUCUGCGAUCGGCGCCAUAUAUGAACCUACAUCUUCGCGGUGAAUGUAGAGGCAGAUUACACGUUCACUUGUGGCCACAUUCAAACUUGCUUUUGCUCAUAGGUACGGCGAUAGAAGAUAGUGAUUUAUAGAACUGCGAAGCCUCCCAACCUUUUUAGUAUGCAACCCGGCAUAUUGGUUACGUAACGGAGCCAAAUAGGGAGAUAUUGACGACGUUGAGUAUUCGCAACGGGAAAUUUCCGAGCGCCUCGUAUAUAAGUGAAUAACCGCACGGAGAGAAUGAUUGGUUGCAAGAUCUAACUGACGUCAGUAAGGGACUAAUUCAUGCUUAUAAUGUGGACUACUAGAUCUCCAUUCUCCAUCAACAAUAUAAUUUCAGGUGGGUGGUUAUAUAUUUAU